AAGGCUAUCUGAAAUACCACCUUUUAGCCAAAUCCCCCCUAUAAUUCUGCAGCUUGGCAGUUCCCUUCCCUCACACAGAAACAUUCAUACUCCACAGAGGCCUUCCCUUUUCAUAAACUAGAAGGGGAUGCUUAUUUUUGCCCUUUGGAGUUUGAACUAGGUUUUGGGGCCUUUGGAAUCCCCUAUGAGCUCUUCAGGCUUCAUUGAUUUGUGCAGUUAUGAUGUGAUAGGAGAGUCAGAGGGGAAAAUGAUAAAAAGGAGCAAGCUUUAGCUUCAGCUAAAAGGAUUCAAAGUUCGCAACCAAAAAGCCAGCACACAAGGCGAUGGUCUGAUGAUAGCAAAAGUUCAGUUGCUUUUCACACUGGUCAAAGUAAUUCAUACUCUAGCAUGUCAGAUCAAGAUAGCACUUCAAUGGAUGAGUCAAGCCUUUUUUCUGCAACUGUUGUAUGCCCGGCACCAGUUUGCCGACAAUUUUGGAAAGCUGGGAACUAUGACAUAGGACACGGUUCUAAAGCUACAAGUCAAAGCAUUGAUGUGAAAAAUCAUUUGUGCGUUCAUCCUAUGUUCCUUCAUUCAAAUGCCACCUCACAUAAGUGGGCCUUUGGUGCCAUAGCAGAGCUGCUUGACAAUGCAUUUGAUGAGAUACAAAAUGGGGCAACUUUUGUUGUUAUAGAUAAAAUCCCAAAUCCACGGGAUGGAAAUCCAGCUUUGCUGAUACAAGAUGAUGGUGGUGGAAUGGACCCAGAAGCUAUAAGGCAUUGUAUGAGCUUUGGAUUUUCUGCAAAAAAAUCAAAAACUUCCAUUGGACAGUAUGGAAAUGGGUUCAAGACAAGCACAAUGAGACUUGGAGCGGAUGUGAUUGUAUUCAGCCGCCACUUGAAAGAGAGGUCACCAACUCAAAGCAUUGGACUCCUCUCUUAUACAUUUUUGAGACAAACAGGCUGCAACAAAAUAGUAGUACCAGUGGUGGAUUAUGAGUUCAAUGCAUCGACCGGGAAAUAUGGCCCCAUACUUCCUCAUGGUAAAAAACAUUUUUCAUUAAAUCUGUCAAUGCUGUUGCAGUGGUCUCCAUAUUCAACAGAAGAUGAACUGCUCUUGCAAUUUGAUGAUAUAGGACAGCAUGGAACAAAAAUUGUUAUUUACAAUCUUUGGUCAAAUGAUGAAGGGCACAUGGAGCUAGAUUUUGACUCAGAUGUUGAGGAUAUUUGCAUCAACAGGGGCCCAAAAUUAUUUCAGAAAGGCAAACAUGUGAACCCAAUUUAUGACCAGCAUAUGGCUAACUUAUACCACUAUUCACUCCGUAUAUAUUCAUCCAUUUUGUACCUGCGGAUACCUCAAUGCUUCAGGAUAAUAUUGCGUGGCCGAGUUGUGGAACAUCAUAAUAUAGCCAAUGACCUCAAAUUUUGGGAAAUCAUUUUGUAUAGGCCUCAUAUUGGUGGGAAUGUAGAGGUCCCUGUUCUUACUACCAUAGGGUUUUUGAAGGAUGCUCCACAUGUGAAUAUCCAUGGUUUCAAUGUCUACCAUCGCAAUCGUCUUAUACUGCCAUUUUGGCGUGUGGUUAAAAAUACAACCAACAGUAAUGCAAGAGGGGUUGUUGUACUGGUAGGUGUUUUGGAAGCAAAUUUUAUUGAGCCUACUCACAAUAAACAAGAUUUCGAGAAGACUUCCCUUUUUCAAAGGCUUGAAGACCGGUUAAAGCAAAUGACAAUGGAGUACUGGGAUUCUCAUUGUGAGCUGAUUGGUUAUCAGCAAGUGAAAAAAACUCGAGCGCCAGUGCCUUCUCAGGAAUCACUCUAUUCAAGAACUCAUGGUUGUUCAGAGCCUGUGUUAAUGAACCACAGUUGCCAUGUAGUUGAUAGUUCAAAAGAUGCUUCUUCUGCAAUUGGGUCCUUUCAAAUUGCCGGAACUACUCCACCUCAUGUCUCAGCUAGAAACCCAGGAAAACCUGUUGAUAGCUACCAAAUUAGUUCCCAGCAAGGAUUGCAUACAAAGCGGAAGCAGCACAAACCCCCUGUAGAACUAGAACAUGCAAAAAGGCACAAAGGCUCAGGGCCAGAUUCAACUGAUAUCCUAUGCAAUAGGGAAGAAAAGGCUGUGUCCGAAUCUCAAGAUCAAGAGACAUUGAGUAUUAUGCAAGAAAAUGAAAAGCUACAGUCACAGUUAUUGGAAUAUGAGAAAACAGAGCAAGAACUUAACCUGAAGAUGCAACAACUUAAAAGACAGCUGGAAGAUGUUCGUUGUGAGUACGCAGAGCUAUUGGCCGAGUCUGAAUCCCUAAAUUCAAUCAAGGAGGAAAAUGGAUAAUAUCUAAAAAUAGAAUACCUCGUCUAUAACCUGACAUUUUGUCCAAACCUCUGUAGUUUAUCACAAAUUUGAAAUUCCUUGGCCUUUUGGAAACCUGGCCAUGGUAUGCUGAAGAAGUAGCUUUUGUUCCUAAGGAUCCAAGCUUUUUGUACUUGUAAAUAGAAAGGAAAUAUAGAAGUUCAGUUAAUUCUUCUGUGCAAGUUCACCACUCUGAUUGACAUGUACAAGUACUUAAAAGCUAAAUAUGUGCUUCAUUGUGAA